AUGCUGGCGGAGGCAGGGCAGAAGGAGGACGCCGUGUGCUCCUACGGAAUGAAGCUCAGUUGGGAUAUCAACGAUCCGCAGAUGCCUCAGGAGCCAGCCCACUUCGACCACUUCUGCGAGUGGCCCGACGGCUACGUGCGCUUCAUCUACCGCAGCGACGAGAAGAAGGCCCAGCGCCACCUGAGCGGCUGGGCCAUGCGCAACACCAACAACCACAACGGCCACAUCCUCAAGAAGUCGUGCCUGGGUGUGGUGGUGUGCGCCCGGGCCUGCGCCCUCCCCGACGGCUCCCGCCUGCAGCUGCGGCCCGCCAUCUGCGACAAGGCUCGGCUUAAGCAACAGAAGAAAGCGUGCCCCAACUGCCACUCGGCUUUGGAGCUGAUCCCCUGUCGAGGGCACAGCGGGUACCCUGUAACCAACUUCUGGAGGCUUGAUGGCAACGCGAUAUUUUUUCAAGCCAAGGGAGUCCACGAUCACCCAAGACCGGAGAGCAAAUCAGAGACGGAAGCUAGAAGAAGUGCCAUCAAGAGACAAAUGGCCUCUUUUUACCAACCCCAGAAAAAGAGAAUUCGAGAACCAGAGGUGGGGGAGAAUCAAGACAACAGUGGACAUUUCAACAACAUAUCUUCCUUGGAAGAUUCAGAAGACUUUGAUAUAAUUACUGACACCGGCUUCCCUAUUCCAGCACAGCCUUGCUUUUCCUUCCCGAGCUCAGAUGCUUACAGAGCUACCUGUGACCUUGCCACCUUUCAAGCGGACAUAAUGCCACCCUUUCAGAAAUAUCCAAACCCAAGAAUCUAUUUGCCCAGGGCACCUUGCAGCUACGAAUUGGCAGGUCCUAGUUACACAAAUCCAAACACACAUCCCACCCUUUGUAAAAAUUCCAGCAAUCUCCCGAAUGACACGGACUGGGUCCAUCUAAAUGCACUGCAAUAUAAUGUCAACUCAUACAGCAGCCUUGAGAGAAGCUUUGAUUUCGCCAGUAAACAACAUGGCUGGAAACCAGCUCUUGGAAAACCUGGCCUUGGGGAGAGGACGGACCAUGGACAGUUCCAGGCCGUGUCCACUCACCCUUAUUGUAACACGGAGCUUCCCUGUCGGUACCUCACGACUCCCUCCGCAGGUGCUCCAGCACUGCAGACUGUGAUCACCACCACCACCAAAGUGUCCUACCAGGCCUACCAGCCCCCUGCUCUGAAAUACUGUGACAACAUAAAGGAAGUUAAGAGCCUUUCGGGGUGUAACUAUGCUUCUGAAAACAUCCCCGUGUCCAUCUACCCGGAAGGUUUGGACUUGCCGACCACAGCGGCCAGGGCCUCUCCAGCAGGGCCGCUGCCUUUGAAAAUUCCAGGUGAUUGCAGAGCCAUGAGACCCACUUUGGCUUUUCCUCAAGAGUCGGCUCCCUCUGGGACAGAUGGAGCAGAGACUUGGGACGUGUGUCCACCUAGGUUGGGGUCGGCAAUCAGUUAUUCGGAUGGGGUUAGUCCAUUCUUUAGCUAUGGCAGUGAGGACUUUUGA